CUUUUGUUAAUUUGUGAUGAUUUUCAGUGUAAAAAUGGCGGAAACUGAUUGGAAUGACGAGAUCGAGAGCGCCCAGGAGGAUGCUCCUCAGCCUAUUAUCGCUGAGCUCCCCGAGAUCAAGCUCUUUGGCAAGUGGAGCUGCGAUGACGUUAACGUCGCCGACAUGUCCCUUCAGGACUACAUUGCGUGCAAGGAGAAGUUUGCCAGAUAUCUGCCCCACUCCGCCGCCAGGUUCGCCGCUAAGAGGUUCAGGAAGGCACAGUGCCCCAUUGUUGAGAGGCUGGUCAACUCCCUGAUGAUGCACGGGAGGAACAACGGUAAGGACGAUCCCUGCGUGAUUAUCCAUCCCCAGUGUCCUGCUUUAGUUUAUGAUGAAAUCAUGAAGUGGGCUAUAUUUAUUUGUGCUAUAUUCGCUCAAAUGGCUAUCUGGCUUCUAUGCACUGGAGCCAGGGAGGCAGCUUUCCGUAACAUCAAGUCUGUCGCAGAGUGCUUGUCCGACGAGCUGAUCAAUGCCGCCAAGGGAUCCAGCAACUCCUACGCCAUCAAGAAGAAGGAUGAACUCGAGCGUGUCGCCAAGUCUAACCGUUAAUAUCGUUCCCGCCACCCUCCGCCUCUAUUUCUGUAUCGUUUGCGGAUUUUGCAAAUAAAUACUUUUGCGGAUUU